CAGCUUCACACCAUCCGUCACAAUUCAGCCAGCAGGCACCCUGGCACCUCUCGACCUGUUCUAUUCACUUCUGGCCACCUCAGGCUUGACCACCUCCUUAGGCUCCAUUGAUCUCAACCUCCCCAGCAUGGCUGUCCCCGUCAGCCAGCUUCUCCGCCAACACUCGACGAACCCGGUUCAGUACACGGGGCUGACCACAAACACGGACAAGAAAUGGGCCAAGGAAUUCCAUCCAAUCACAAGACUCAUUGGUCAUACUACCCUCGGGGCUGAUGGUGAGACGGUAUAUGCCAACUUUGAUGCGAUGGCUCCACCACUGGCCGACGACGAUUUUCGCGUGGCCAAACAUGCGUUUCCGCCUAACGAACGGCGCUGGCGCCUUGAGACCGAGGAGGAUUGCGGUGUUUGGUUCCACACCGAGGUAUCCAACAUUGUCCUUCCGGCGUGGAAUGACCGGCCCGCCGUGCUGCAGACAUGCCAGUCCAAGCCUGCCAGCACAACCAAGAGCAUAAAGGAAAACGUCGACAUGAUCUACGCCCUCGCCGAUUCGCACCUGCAGAAGCGCCCUCUUGUCAUCGGCGAGUGGAAGAGGAACAUCAUCAGGUCCAAAGCGUGGCUAGCUGGGAACAUUGGCACAGCUGGCACCCAAGUCAACCUGUCUCGGGAGCUUCGUGGUUAUGCAGUCAAGUACUCCUGUCCUCAUGUGUUUUGCUUCGACGGGCAAUACCUUCUCCUCCUCCAGUUUCGGGCCGCCACAAAGGAAGAUCUCAAGAGGCAGGAUUGCGAGGUGGAUUGUUGGGUGAUCCCACGCAUCAACACCGCCGAGGGUUGCACGCUGCGCUACGCCUUCUAUCGCUUCCUCGCCCAGGGCUUUCGCAGAUGCCAGGGUCUGAGCGGGGGCAGAACACCCGUCAACGGAUUUGCUCCUCAUUCGCGAGAGUGGUUUUCCGGAAUCCCAAUCUUUCAGGACGAGCACGGCGUCUUGACCUACACUCACCCGCAGAAUACCGAUGAGCACGCCUUCUACCGUGAGCUGAAUGUUGAGGAUGGUUCGUUCUACUGGUGCUACAACGGAGACUAUUUGCUUGACCUGAACGGAGCGCUAGUGCGGGACACGGAACCAAUGUGGGGGUUUCCUGAAGCUUAGUGGGCGGUUACGGCGGCUUUCUUUGCUUGCGUCGUGGCGUGGUUGGACAGGGGGUGGGUCGGGGGCGGUUCUGGGCAUCGUGGGCGGGGGCAUUCGGGUUUAAGUCGCUGGAUACCUAUGUCACACUCAUCGCUCUGCAUUUUGUGUUAAUUGUUUCUCACAUUGAGCCCACGAGGGUCGCCAGGUCUCUUCUGAUGUCAGCCGGCUGU